AUGAUGGCUUCCAGCAAUUUCGACGACAUCCCGAUAUCACGUCGAUCGCACAGGGGAUCCAAAGGCCAAAUCUACACUGGUCCUGCUGAAGAUGAAUCUCAGGAUGGCAACAAUUCUUUGUUUGUCCCUGAAAGCGAGGCUCGCAACCAAAGCGUAGGAGCCGUCUCCCCAUACGUGAAGGAUCUGGAAAGUGCUAUCACAGCUUUGGGAGGCCAACAAGUGCUUCAAAGAAUCCGGCUAUCCCAUUCGCGGCGAUCUCGAAGCAAUAUCGAUCUGGACGAAAGUCCUCGCUCCGAACGAUUACCAGCCAAUGACGAAUCGCGCCUUCGAGCCGAUACUUUUAUGCCCAAAGAAGAGCCUAAUAGUGGCUGGAAACUGGAGAUUAAACGCUGGAAACGUGUUAAUAAUCGUUAUGGGUCGUCGGAUCUGUACGACGAGAGCGAGAAGAUCGAGGAUAUCCGUAAAAGGGAGCAGGAAAUCAGGAGCGGCGGCUAUCCCAUACUGAUAUAUGACGAAUUCGAUACAGAUGGCAACAAAAUGCAUAUCUUGCUUGAGGUUGAGUCUUCUGCUCUCCUAGACCUUCUGCGACGAGUAAUUACAUUUCACCCUGGGGACGAAUUUGAUGUGCUACGUGGAAAGGAUCAGAACGACGGCGAGGGCGUGGCCUUCUCAGAUCCAUUCAUGAUCUUUUGGGACCAUACAUCACAACUGAAAGCAAGCCUUCAAGGAGACUUUCCUGAAGACGCUAAGCAGCACGUAGGAUUAUUAUUGGGGUUUUUGAAGAAAGAGUAUCCCGUAACCAGCGCUAAGCUAGCCGAAAUCCAGGAAGGUAGAUGCAAAAAGAUCUCCUAUGAGAAACUUUGGUUACUGUAUAGCCCAAACACGGCGGUGUAUGCACGCAAAGGUUCCGAUAUUCGCCAGAUGGUAGUAUAUGCUCGUGUACGAAACCCGAAUAAGACGCUCAAAUUGACCUGUUGGGAGACGAAAUGUGAAAAGUUAGUGAACCUUCCUUGUGGGGGAAAUGCUCCGAAGAAUCCGCUGACUUCGUCACUUGCUCAGGGGGUGUUCAAAAGGGGCUUCUCGGAGCUUGACAUAGAGCCGUACGCUGGCGAGAAGAGCAUCAGUAAUCUUGAACUUGUCCCUGUGCAAUAUAUGGACAAGAAAGAUGAGCUACACAUGAAGCUUGUCGAGCGGGGAAAGCGAUAUUUCGAAAUGAAUAAGGCACCUUUGCUACAAAGCUACUUUGGAGACAAGUUUCCGCGGAUCUACAAGGACGUUACCUUAGUGAAAGUGGACGAUUUGCAACCAGUCCAAUUUAGAGAGAGAGCUUUCAAACGAUUGGUGAUACGAGAUGACCAUAAAAACCUAAUCAAGGCAAUGGUUCAAGCAUACAAGGAAGAAUCCCCUGGCUUCGCUGACGUGGUCGCUGGCAAGGGCAGGGGCCUCUUCAUACUACUACACGGCCCCCCUGGCGUUGGUAAGACUUUGACCGCUGAGUGUGUAGCGGAAAAGCAACAAUUACCGUUAUACACUAUAAGCUGCGGAGAUCUGGGUACCGAGCCAGAGGUCCUGGAGGAACGAUUAAAAAAAAUCUUCGAGUAUUGCUGUAAAUGGAAGGCGGUCCUGCUGCUAGAUGAAGCCGAUAUAUUUCUGCAAGAGAGAGAUAUCCAAGAUGUCAAGAGGAACGCUCUAGUGUCAAUAUUUCUGCGUGAACUUGACUACUUCGAAGGAAUUCUCUUUCUUACGACGAAUCGUCCAGGGGACAUUGACGAAGCCUUCGUGUCUCGGAUUCAUGUCACAUUGGGCUUGAGUUCGCUCAAUAAAGCGGAGCAACGUAAGGUAUGGACGAUAUUCUUCAAGGACCUUGAGCUUGAAGAGUCUGGAAAAGUAGCCCUACUCAGAUAUGUCGACGAAAAGUUUACCAAGGACAACCUCAAUGGGCGGCAGAUAAGGAAUACUGUUCGCACUGCGUUGGCGCUUGCAAAUGCGGCUCACCAUCAUCUUAAGGCAGAACAUCUGGAGUCAGUGGUGCAAAUCGGAAGGGAGUACUCAGGCUAUCUGGCAAAUUUGAAUCACAUGAACGCCGAAGAGUACGCUGUUGCGCUUGGUCGGAGAGCUCCCGAGCGUCGGGAUGCUGCCCGUUGA